AUGCUUCUUAUUCCAUCAUUUUGCUGCACAAUAUUUUCCUUGUAUCAUUUCAAUCUGCGUCGCUUUCACAGUCAAAUCUAUGGGCUUCUUCUUCUGGUUAACCUCCUAUUUUUCAUAACAGAUCUACCAUUCACUCUGGUUUUUCUAUACUUUGGAUCGAUUCCUGCGAGCAAAUGCACUCUAUGGAUUUUCUUCAACUAUCUUUUAGCCACUCUAAAUAUUCUCUUGAUGACAUGGGCGUCGAUCGAACGCUAUUUAUUUAUCUAUCAUGAUUCAUAUAUUCUCAGACAUAUCUUUGCUCUACAUUAUAUGCCUACGAUUGUCAUCAUUCUCUAUUCAAUUGUAUACUACGUCGUGGUAAUUCUAUUGAAUUCAUGUCAACCAUUGUAUAGUACAUACUUAUACGUAUGUGCGGGAGCUUGUUAUCAGUAUGAAUUUAAAUUCGGACUGAUUGAUGUAUUCAUUCAUGGGAUUCUUUCCGUUUGCAUUAUCUUCAUUAUAAACCUGAUUCUCAUUCUUCGACAUAUCGUUCAGAUUUACCGAAGAAAACUACGAGCUAUUCAAAUAAAGAAAUCUCAUCACUGGCGACGUUCGAUUAAGUUAACGGUGCAAUUACUUUCCAUUUCAAUACUUUAUCUUAUCGUUUGGAUACCAUAUACAACCGUAGUUUUCUUGCAGAUGUACAACAACACGCCAUUUCUGACGUAUCUCAUGUCAACUUUUAUUGUCUAUUUGCCUUACAUAAUGUUUUUUUCUCUACCGUUCCUAUGUCUUCUCGCGAUGCCGGAUAUAAAGAAGAAAUUCUUCGGUUUGGUGGAUUCACCACCACGAGUGAUCUAUAACCGUGGAAAGUUCGAAAUGGUCGUUAUUCGAAAUGUACAGUAG